AUGUCGCCCUUUGACCACCUGCGCACGACCGCUGACUGCGACCGAGAGCUGGUCUCCUUCCCACCGCUUUCAUCGGAUGAUUUGUACAUAUUGCAACGGGUAGAAGAUCAGCUUUUGGCUAUCGACGAGGCGUUGGCGACAGACCUCGGCCAGCAGGAGCAGCAUUUGCCCGUUCGGGCUUCGAAAUCAGCCAAGGACGCCCACACAGCCAAACUCGAGUCCAUUCGGCGCAAGCAUGAGUCACAACGUUCGAGACUCCUUCGAGCCAACCCGUCCGUUACCGACCUGAAGACUCACGACGCCGCUCGGCUGGCGAUUCAAGAGCGUAAACUUCAGCUCGUCUUCGGCAUUCCGCUGCAAGGCUGGCACCCCCUCCCAAGUGUGGGCGAGGACGACGCAGCGCUCGCUGGCCUGAGCGAGGGAGGGAGGACAUCCUGGACACUGUGCCGGAGUGGGGAUCGAUGUUCAAGGCGGCAGGCAGACAGCACCUGGCGUCCGACCAGUCAGCCUUCAACAUUCAUGCCAACCGCGUCACCCUACCAAAAUGAAACCGCUUUAAGAGCGCUCUCAACGCGAUCUUAA